AUGUUGUUACCUCCGGUUCCUGACGAAUGGGCCGCCCAGGCAUUCACGAAGGGACUUAAUCCCAGAAGUUCCAACGCAUCCCUCAAACUGAAGGAGAAUUUGUUGGAAUUCAGUGCUACGACUUGGGCAGAUGUGCAUAACAGAUACGAAUCAAAAAUCAGAGUAGAGGAUGAUCAGCUUGGGCUCCCACCGGGUCCAGUAACCCGAACAAAGAACGACAGAUCAAAAAGGACGUUUGAGCCGGAAUACAACCCUCUGGACAGGGGAUUAAGAGAUGAAGUAGCUCGGUUACUCAAGAACGGUCAUCUCAGAGAAUUCUUGAGUGAACGAGGGAGAAAUAACUAUAAGAACAGGGAAGGUAACAAAAAGGUUGAGCCGGAGGAGCCUCAGCAUAUAAUCAACAUGAUCAUUGGCGGGGUUGAAAUACCUCGAGGACCUGUCAUGAAGAGGACGAAGUUCUCUAUCACGAGGGAAAAAAGGAGCAGGGACUACGUACCGGAUGGAUUCAUUUCGUUUAGCAAUGAGGAAGUGGAAGGCAUCACCCAACCUCACAAUGAUGCCCUAGCAAUCUCUGUACUUAUAAAUAAAACUCACGUUAAACGUAUUUUAAUUGAUCCAGGUAGCUCGGCAAAUAUCAUCCGAUGGAAGGUCGUCGAACAACUGGGUCUGUUGGAUCAAAUCGUACCAACAACUCGGGUCUUGAACGGGUUCAACAUGGCCUGUGAAACCACCAAAGGAGAAAUCACCUUGCCCGUGAACACAGUCGGAGUUGUGUAA